UCCGGCGGGGGCUGUCCAAUGAGAGGCGGCGGGGGGCGGACCGCAGGGGCGGUGGCAGUGGCCGGGCCCCGUGCGCUCCAUGGCGGCCGCCACCGGCCCCGACGAGGCGGACGAGGCGGUGCGGGGCACCUGCGAGGACGCGUCCGUCUGCAAACGGUUUGCUGUGAGUGUUGGCUACUGGAAGGACCCUUACAUCCAGCAUUUUGUGAGACAAGCCAAAGAAAGGAAGGCACCUGAGAUCAACAGAGGUUAUUAUGCUCGAGUGCACGGGGUCAGUUACCUGAUCAAGGCUUUCCUGGAGAAGACAGAAUGCAACUCUCAGAUUGUCAAUCUUGGGGCUGGCAUGGACACCCUGUUCUGGAGGCUGAAGGAUGAAAAUCUUCUCCCUAGGAAAUAUUUUGAAGUGGAUUUUCCAAUGAUCGUUGCAAGAAAAAUACAUAAUAUCAAAUCAAAACCUCCCCUGUCAAAACCAAUUAUGGAAUCCCAUUCAGGGGACUCUCUUCUAAUAGAUUCCCACAGCCUGGACUCCAGUCGAUAUUCCAUAGUAGGAGCAGACCUCCGCUCCUCCUCAGAUCUGGAGGAAAAGCUGAGGAAGCACAGCUUGGACACACAUUUGCCAACGCUGCUGGUGGCCGAGUGUGUGCUGGUUUACAUGACCCCCCAGCAGUCUGCAAGCCUGCUCAAGUGGGCAGCAAGCACCUUCCCCGUGGCCAUGGUUAUCAAUUAUGAGCAGGUGAACAUGAGGGACCGCUUCGGGCAGAUCAUGAUCGAGAACCUGCAGCGCCGGCACUGCAACCUGGCUGGGGUGGAGCUCUGCAGCUCCCUGGACUCCCAGAGGGAGCGGCUGCUGGGAAGUGGCUGGGACAACGCCCAUGCCGUGGACAUGAUGAAGGUGUACAGCUUCCUGCCACAGGCUGAUGUCAAAAGAAUAGAAGCCCUUGAAUUCCUGGAUGAAAAGGAACUGUUUGAGCAGCUCAUGCAGCACUACUGCAUCUGCUGGGCUUCCAAGGACAGCAGCAACCUGGGUCUGGCAAACAUCGACUUCUGAGGGCUGCAGGGAGGGAGCCCUGGGGAGCUCAGGGCUCAGGCCAGGACCUGGAGAGGAUGGAUUUGCACGUGCCAGCCCCGGGCUGUGGCUGGGACACUCCUGGUGCUGCUGCUGGGACGGCCUGGAGCCUCUGGGUGGAUUCAAGGAACAUUUUCUGUGGGCAGGACUUGCCCCCCGUUCCCACUGUUCGACAGUGGACUUGCACAAGGUGUCAGUAACUCCUGUUCAAAGCUUGCCUUCCUUAGUUUAAAACUGAAAGUCAGGUGUUCUUGGGUUCUUUGAUUUGCCUCUUGUGUGUUUUUGUGGCUGUGUAACACGUGUUUGUGGCAGGAAGCUGGGGCUGGCUGAGCAGGAGGGAAUUCUGUGCGUUUCUGUUCUGCCCAGGUCUCAUUUGGAUGAAGUGUUCUCUUCUCCAGGCUUCAGUGCCCUGCAGGGCUGUCACUGCUGGGAGCUCUGGAGGGGGAGGGUGGAGGAGGAGGGGGGCCCUGAGUGUGUUCAGUGAUGUACAAGAAACUGGAGAAGAGACUUGAUUUAACUGGGAAGGGCUUAGCUUGUGGUUUCAGCACUGGCAUGCUGAAGAAAGAAAUGAAUCUCAAUUUGCACUGCUUCUGGUAGUAUCUUUACACCAGUUCCUCCUUCUCUCUUUCCCCUAAAAAGAAGCAAAACAAAAUCCCAACAGCAAUGAAAACCCUUGUCCUGUUGUUUGAAAUUGAAUCUUGCAACCUUCCUAUGAGAAAAAUAAUAAAUGUUUAGUAUUUAUAA